AUGAGUGCCAAUAAUCGUAAGGGACCGAUUAUUGACCCUGGUUUGUGCCGCUGUUGUGGUGCUUUAAAGAAGUGUCGUUUACUUAAUGUAGAAUACGAAUGGCAGGGACAGAAAGAAAUUUAUUCUGAUAUGUUUGUGGAUUGUUUUGGACUCUUACUCUCACAUCUAGAAGGUGCACCUGUGGAGCGUCUUAUAUGUGCAACUUGUGUCUGCCGGCUACGGGAAGCUAGCGCUUUCAGGCAGCAGGUGCUCCGAUGUGAGGAGUUGCUCUUAAAAGCCAAGAUUUAUUUGCAUAAUGAUGAUGGUGAAUCGAAAGAUGAUAUCAAACUUGAAUUAGAUGUGAAGGAAGAGAAGGAAUCUAUUAUGGAACCUUUGGAAGAUGAUCAUGACAUUUCUGAUGAUAUCACAAAUGAUAUUGAUGACGUCAUCGAAGUGCCCACCAGACGCACGAGGAGUUCGGGUAAGAAGAAAACUAUGAAAACCAGCAAACGAAAAUCCAAAUCGAUUGACAAGAAAAAAGUGACUCCCCGUGGAGUGAUGGCGAAAAUGCAACGGAUGAACGAGAAAAUUAAAUUUGAAGAAGAUAUAAUACCACAGCAAAUGGAAACUCCUAAUGUAAAAUCCAUUGAUAGUGAUAUGAUGGCAUACGAGAACACGGUCACUAUAGUAGAAAGCUCAUAUGUGUGCCCAUUCGACACCUCUUUCAGCGAUUACUAUUGUGUAUACUGUAGACACCAUUUUACAGACCCCAACAAGUUAAGGGAGCACACCAUGGACCAUGAUCCGACCACCUACAAAGACCUACCGCACAAGAAAAUUGUCCAAAUCGAUAUCCUCAGAAUCGAUUGCCGAUUGUGCCCGAAACGAAUCGACAGUAUCGACGAUUUGAAGGGUCACAUCACUAAUGCACACGAGAAAUUCCUGCAUCCGAAUAUGACAAACGAGUUCCUGAAAUUUCGUCUCAAUUUAGGCAGGCUGUCGUGCACAGAAUGCGAGAAGUCCUUCACAUUUUUUCACGCAUUAAAAAAGCACAUGGCGGAGCAUUUCGGCACGUGUAUCUGUGAUAUAUGUGGCGCGCAUUACUUCCAAGAGAGAAUGCUGUUACUGCACCAGAAGACGCACCAGCGAACGGACGAGAACUACCCCUGCAAGGAAUGCGGAAAAAUGUUCAAAUCCAAACACAACAGAUAUCUGCACAUCGCUCGGACGCACAGAAAGGAGCCCGCUUACCCGUGUGCGAAGUGCGACGAAGUUUUAUUUUCUUAUACCUUACGCUACCGGCACAUGAUCGAGGUGCACGGUGACGUGCGAUUGUUCCAGUGCGAACAGUGUGACAGAACUUACAACAGUAGGAAGUCGUUGAGAGAGCACAACAGACGGUUCCAUUUGAAGAUAUUCAAGCACCAGUGCGAUUUGUGCGACAAAAGGUUCUACCUACCGUCACGUUUGCGGGAGCACAUGUCGUCCCACAGCGGUGAAAGGAACUUCCGCUGUGAAUACUGCGGGAAGAGUUAUCCGAGGCUGCGCGGUUUGAAGGUCCACAUGCAGUCUCACAGCGCUGAGAAGAAGUUCAAGUGUACGGCGUGCAACGCGGCUUUCACUCAGAACUUUAAUUUGAAGAAUCAUAUAAAACGACAGCAUCAGAGCUUAGAGGUGGAGGAGGGUUACCAUGGGUAG